AUGUUGCCGAGACGUAAUCCUGUGCUAAAAUGUGAACAAUCUCUGAUUUCCAGGCUAACACUAAUGGUCACCGUAGAGACAGUUAUGUGCGUGCUCAUGCCAUUUCUCUUUCGACAGUACUGCACCAAAAGAACAACGUGGUUUUUCCUGGUAGUAUCACUAACAUUGUCAACAUUGCUACAUUUAACUUUGGUUUUUACAACUGAAAUAACAACGCAUCCAUUGGCCAUCAUGCAGCAUAAUUUGCCGGAGAAUAACUCGUCCUGCUGGUAUGUUCGAAGCAUGCACCUGUUCAUAAUGCGAAGCAGUAGUGUCUAUGAAGUGAUACAAAAAGUUUACUAUUGGAUCCAGACUACAGUUGCAAUAAUCAUUCCUACAGCUGCCAUGCUUAUUUGCUCGAUUCUCAUCGUCAAACAAUUCACAUUUAAGCACGUGGAUACGUUCCUCAUUCAGCAAGUUAUAUCACAUGUUCAUGCGCUAUUCUGUUGUAGUGUAUUCAGCGAAUUAGGGGAGGCAUUUUCCCAAAGGCGGAAAUGCGUCAUUAGGAUGACCGUCGCCACUACCGUCUCCCAUUUACUUCUGGAGGGUCCGGCAACACUUACACAUGCAGCUGUAGCGCUAAAGAUAGAUGAAUGGCCACUUAUAUCUUCAUUUAUGCCUAAGCGUUUAAUUCGAUUUGAAGGGAUCCUCCUCAUCAGAACAUCAUUACAUGAUGUGCAUUUUGAACAACGCCAUAAACAUCUUAUCAAUUGUCAACGCCACUAUCCCAUUCUUCGUCUUCUUGCUCACCUACAGAAGAACAAAGCUCGAAAGAAGACCUACCUUUCGCAAGCUGGAAUGCGCUGUUCUCGCUUGUCCAGAAUGGAGAACGAACGCUCAUUUGUGGAGACAAGACUUUUGUCGAAUGGUUCUAAUUUAUGA